AGCCAUCGUCGUCGACAGCGUCCAUCAACCAUCGACACCCCUCGACUUGAAGCGGCGCACUGAAGCACGCCCGCCCUCGGCGACCGCGCAGCGUCUAAACGAAAAAUUACUAACACAGAACAGGUUUGCGACAUCAUUCGGACCGGCCUUGACCCUGAUCGUGACGACCGCCUCCCCGACUUCGACUUCUCAUUCUCGCCCUUAGCUUCCCAUCAGACACAUCGGACAACAUGUCGUCGUCAGGGGGCCGAGCGGCUAUCACCACUCCCGUCAGAUCGACGCCACAGAAGUCCACCCCCAUCGUCGACAGCCCGGGCACUUGGAGACACCCGCGCCUCAAUGAGAUCACAAGGCGGCGCAAUGCAACAACCUUCUCCGAGAAGAACGUGAGAAGGAUUGCCUUGAACAUUGGAUUUCUUCUCAGCCUCUGGCUUUCUCAGAUUCUCACCAAAUCGUACAUCCCCGCACAGUGGCUCAGCGCUCCCCUACGAUCCUAUCUAGGCUGGGCGUACUAUUUGGUCCAGCUCUUUCCGCUCGCCAACAUUGGCAUGGCCAUGCUGCCACUCUUCCGAUCCGAGGACGACCUGUCGGAUAUUCCUCUGACCCCCGCGCAGCGCAAGCUUCUCGGCCUGCCGCCCAGCUCGACGGCAGCGACUCCUGAUGCCGUCUACAGCACACCGCCACGCUACUCGCGCACUCCGUCUUUGGCGGGCUCACCUGCGAGCAACAGAAGCUUCUCUGGAUCCCCGCUGUCCGGCAGGGGCAGCCCGGCUCUCGGGAGCUCCUUGAACGGGCAGUCGUACUCCCCCUCUCCACUCAACAACAGCCCAUCCAAGUUCUCGGCAAGCCUCAACAGCAACCGGCGAUCAUCCUUUGGCUCUUCGACAAACUUGGGGGCAAGCACGAGUUCUUCCCUCUUCCCGGACCCAGGCACGCCGAGCCCUUCAGCUGGAAAACGCACCAGCGUCGGCUUGAACAACAAGUGGCUUUACGAAAGGGGCAGGCGGUCGUCAGGCAGCAACUGGAUGCAUUGAGUGUUUUUAUCGGCUGUCGUGUUUUCGGAUGGGGCAGGGGACGACAGCUUCGGCGUCCUUAAUUCAUGAGACUCUUUCUUUCCUUUUGCAAUGGCCUACAACACAGAUGGCUGCGGCCACGGAUAGGAAGGCCUCUGAGGCGCUUCUUGGUGCCAUCCUCCACUGUUGCAAUGGAGGACACGAAGGCCUGUCGAAGGCCUCACGCAGCAGACCAAAUGAUUGCAAUGUAUAUACUCGGCUGGCGUACGCUAUAUAUGGACGGCGAAGGGACUGUACUACAAGGGGGUCCUGUCUCAUAGAUGCACCUGCUCCAUCUGAUUACGUGCUGUAGCGAAGCUCCAUCAUGAUCCAC